AUAUUAUAAUCCAACAACAACCAACCAUAACCAGCGAGAAAUUCAAGAUUUUUUUAAACCAGCUGAAAACAUUUACGAUUAUAAUGUUCAAUCUCGCAAUGAUCAUAAGCGCCCAUAUCAUACUGAAAAUUCAAACGAAGCAGCAAAUGCUAAAAAGACACGCAUGAGCAUUGUCAAGACACGAGGAUUCAUUAAGACAGGCACAUCGUUAUCAAAUAAAAUCAAUUGGUAUUACGUGAAAAAUACAGAUAAUUUGACCAACUACAGAACAUUUUUAGAAUCAAUAAAAAAAGACUUAAUAGAACUACUCAAAACACUAUCAACAAAACAACCAAUCAAAUAUAAUCUUAAAUUAGAAGCAACAUAUGAACGCCCGAACGUAGAAAAUUCAACAGAGAAUAGAGCAUUUAAAACCUCAGCUAAGGAAUUGUUUAUGGAUACAGAUAUCGAAGCUAAAAUUAAUCAAGAUUUUGUUAAUAUUUUACUUGAAGAAGAAAUUUAUACCUCUAAAGGAAGCGGAUUUACGUUACAAUCAAUAGAUGGUUUACUGUUAGGCGUAUAUAAUUAUACACCUAUGGGUGGUUCGUCUUAUAUCACACUUCCGGAAGACAUCAAAAAUAAAAAAGCAAUUAUCAAUCCCCAAAACUCAGACCAACAGUGCUUCAAGUGGGCAAUCCUUGCAAGACACGUUUCGGGAAAUAACAAAAAUCAAGUGGCUGAAAAUUAUACAACUCACGAAGAAAAAUAUAAUUUUUCUGGUUUAACAUUCCCAACGCCUGUGAGGGAAAUACAAACAUUUGAAAAAAAUAACCUUAACACGUCUGUCAAUAUAUUCGGAUUAAGACGAGAAAAUAAUAAAAAACAUAUUAUUUAUCCACUUAAAGUUGUGGAUGAAGAAAAAAAAGAUCAUUUCGAUCUACUGAUAAUUACCAACGGAGAUAAAAGCCACUACUCAUACAUAUCAAAUUUCUCACGUCUUGUUAGAGCACAAAAAACGGGUCAUGAGGAAACUGUUAUAUUUUGCAAACGUUGUUUCACAUCGUUCGAUAAUCGACCCAGAAAAAAUACACUAAGUGGGCAGGCAGCCCUAGAUCAGCACACUCGGAUAUGUGGACAACAUAAACCAAUUCUACCUAAGAUGCCUGAUCCCGGUACAUUGUUAGAAUUCGAUGGGUGGAGUAACACUCAAAGACAUCCGUUCACGAUAUAUGCCGAUUUCGAGGCACUCCUUGUUAAAUGUACCGAGAGCAAAGGUGGGAAUACGUCAGCAUUCCAAAAGCACGAGCCGAUGAGUUAUGGCGUGUUUGUAAAAGCAACAGAAAACGUUCCCAUAGAUCUGUUAGAAAAGUUCGAAUUACCACAAAAACCAAUUAUUUUCCGUGGUAAUGAGUCACGUCAAGACGUAGCCAAAAGAUUUGUGAAUGAAGUGACUGAGAUUGCAAGAAAAGUUGAAGAUUUGCUUACAACAAAUAAACCUAUAAUAAUGACUGAAGAAGAACAAAGAACACAUGCAAUGAAAAUUACUUGCAAUUUAUGUAAGUGUAUUUUUUCCGACAAAAACCCAAAAGUGGCAGAUCACUGCCAUCUUUCAGGCAAAUUCAGGCAAACUUUAUGUAAUACUUGCAACCUGAAACUGCAAAAACCUAACUUUGUACCAUGCUUUCUACACAAUUUGUCUAAUUACGAUGCACAUUUCAUCGUGACCGAACUCGGAAAUGACACUAAAUCAAUAUCAGUGAUUCCGAACAGUGAAGAAAAAUACAUUUCAUUUUCAAAACACGUUUCGAACAACUUUUCAAUUCGAUUCAUAGACUCUUGUCGUUUCAUGGCAUCAACACUAUCAACACUUGCAGAAAAUUUAAUAACACCUGGGUUCGCGAAGUUCAGAGAAACCGCAAAAGCAUUCGUACCUAGAGAUAUGGAUCUUGUCACACGUAAGGGUGUCUACCCUUACGAGUAUACCGAUAGCUGGGACAAGUUAGAAGAGACGAGUUUGCCUAAGGAAGAAGAUUUUUACAGUACACUAACAGAAGAACACAUAAACGACAAGGAAUACGAACACGCAGUCACAGUAUGGAACCAUUUCAAAUGCAAAACCCUGGGAGAAUAUAGCGAUUUGUAUUUAAAAAUUGACGUGCUAUUGUUGGCUGACGUAUUCGAAAAUUCCGAGACCUUUGUUUGAAAACAUACCAUUUAGAUCCAGCCUUUUAUUACACGGCACCAGGUUUUAGUUUUGACUGUAUGUUAAAAUAUACCAAAGUAAAACU